UUGAGGUAAACUCUCCUUACGAUGUCUUUAUUCCUGUAAAGUCCAAAUCGAUUCGACGAUUGUUAAAGUCUCCAUCUUGCAUUGACAAGAAACACGAAAUGAAUUAUUUGUCUCGUUUUAAUGUUAGCGCAGCCCAUCGUAGUGGUUGCCUCUUUGUUGUACACAAGGACUUCAAUGCGCAGCAGGGAAAGGAAUAUAGACAUUGACUAUAUUUUGAUAAGACACUUAGGGCAUCGGUUCUAGAUGCUAUUCUACCAACACUUUGAAGGCAAAUGUAACUUGGAGAACUAAAUAAGGAAUAAACAAGCGAAGAUGGGCGCAAGAGAUUGGAUGGGUUUCUCCUCUUGGUUUCGUGUUGCUCUGCUUCUCCUGUGUUUCGCCAUCUUGAGAGUUGUGGAAGGGGUGGAACAGGCAGAGGUCUACAAAAGGCAGAUCGUCCUAGAGGAAUGUUCUGCAGGUUCUCCCGGGCCAGCUGGACCACCGGGUCCCCCCGGGCCCGACGGGGAGUCCGGGGCACCUAGUCCAGUAACCACUAACUGGAAACAAUGCUCUUGGUCGUCAGUCAAUGAUGGUAGAGAUUCGGGAUUGUUCAAGUCCUGCUCUUUUACAAAGGAGUACUCCGACACGGCUAUCUACGUCUCUUGGUCGGGUAACCUUCGGCUAUCUGGAUCAGGGACGGGGUGCUGUAGAUGGUACUUCGCCUUCGAUGGUGUCGAGUGCUCCAAUCCGAACAAGAUCGAGGCAGUCGUGUAUGCUUCGGGUUACAACAGCUAUAACCUGCAUCGACCUAGGGUCAUGAUGGGUUACUGCUACGGCAUCGGUGCCGGCAGCGUAACAGUAGGGUUCUAUGUCGGGCAAUGCAGCGGCUAUGGGACCUACGACUGCUACACCGGAUGGAUCAGUGGCAGUCAUAUCAUGAUCGAGGAAGUUACAAAGUCUCCUUACGACUAGUCACAAGAAAGCGCGGUGAUAAUCCAAGUUCCGGGUCCAAGUUUUAUUGGCACUGUGGAUGCACCGGGACAAGUUCUGAACAAAACUUGAAGGCAAACUAUAUUUCUAGACUAUUAAACCUGAACAAUAAAUUGAAAUGCUUGAUAAACUUCAACAAUCUUUGUCCGAUGAAGAAAAGAAAAAAAAACGUUACCAAGGCAACAAC